AGUCGAUAUGGUCCAAUUUAUUUAGAGCCCACAUUUAGAAAAGAAAACCUUCCAGAAUUUUUAGAGGAAACCGACGACAGAAAGUACAGGCCAAUUAAGGCUGCACAAAAUGAGCAAACAUCAUUUGCUACUUACAAUGAUUUAGUAUUAAAGUUCAUCAGAAUAUUAUUACGUGAAGGUAAUAAAGAAAGAGCCAGGAAUCUGGUACACAAGACCUUUGAAAAUGUGAAGUUGACACAGAUAGAGAGAUUUAAUAAAGCCCAAACAGAUUUUGAAAAAGAGUCUAUUGAGCUUAACCCUGUAAAUAUUUUUAACAAAGCAAUCAACAAUUGUAAACCAUUAUUAAAUAUCAAAAAGAUAAAAAGAGGUGGAGUUAUGUAUCAAGUUCCGGUUCCGAUAUCCCCCAACAGUCAAGUGUUUUUUGCCAUGAAAUGGUUGAUUGAGUCGGCUAAUGAAAAAGAUAGAAUUUCUCGGGUUUGGGAUAAGUUGGCUCAAGAAUUGUUGGAUGCCUCGAACAAUGAGGGUAAAAGUGUAAGAAAGAAACAGGAGUUGCAUAGGUUAUGUGAAGCUAACAGAGCCUAUGCUCAUUUUCGAUGGUAA